GCGGCCGCCCGCGCGUGCGCAGACCGUGCGGCCGGGAAGGGGGCGGGGCCCAGCGCAGCUCGAGCGCAGCGGCCUGAGGCGGCGGGAGACGCGGAGAACCGGAGCCGCCCGCCCGCCGGACACCGGGACACCGGGACCCAGCCCAGCCCAGCCCGCACACCCGCCAUGGAGGCCGGCGCCGCCCUCAUCGCUUGGCUGCUCUGCGCAACGCUGCUGAGGUGGAGCGGGGCCACGCUGGAGGAGGCGGCCGUUGCAGAUCUAUGUAGGAUCGAUGAAGCCUCAUGCCACAUUGAAGAGGAGGUUCUCCGCUUUGAGGCCAUCAUGAGCAUUCACAAACAGAUGGAUGACGAUGCCAAUGGAAAUGUUGAUGUGGAGGAGAGCGAUGAGUUUUUGCGGGAAGACCUGAACUACCAGGAUGCAGCAGCAAAGCACAGCACGUUCCAUGGCGGAGAUAAGCUGAUCAGUGUGGAGGACUUGUGGAAGUCAUGGAAAAGUUCUGAAGUGUUCAACUGGACAGGAGAGGAGGUGAUUGAGUGGCUCAUCAAUUACGUGGAGUUGCCACAGUAUGAGGAACACUUCAGAAAACUGCACAUCAAUGGACACGACAUGCCAAGAUUGGCUGUGAAUAACCUCACCCUGGCCUGCUCUCUGCUGAAAGUGAAUGAUCGAAGCCACCGGCAGAAGCUGCAGCUCAAGGCUCUGGACACUGUGCUCUUCGGGCCACCCCUGUUGACUCGUCACAACCACCUGAAGGAUUUCAUGCUGGUGGUUUCCAUAGUGAUUGGUGUGGGUGGCUGCUGGUUUGCGUACAUCCAGAACCGUUACUCCAAAGAACACAUGAAGAGAAUGAUGAAAGACCUGGAGGGCUUGCAAAAAGCAGAGCAGAGUCUGCACGACCUGCAGGAGAGGCUUCUGAAGGCGCAGGAGGAACACCGAUCCGUUGAGGUGGAGAAGGUGAACCUGGAGCAGAAGCUGCGUGAUGAGAUCAACGCGGCGAAGCAGGAAGCCCAGCGACUGCGGGAACUACGGGAAGGCACGGAGAACGAGCUGAGCCGCCAAAAGUAUGCGGAGGAGGAGUUGGAACAGGUACGCAUGGCACUGAAGAAAGCAGAGAAGGAGUUGGAAUCGCGCGGGAGCUGGUCCCCACCAGAAACUCUGCAGAAGUGGCUGCAGCUGACUCACGAGGUGGAAGUGCAGUAUUACAACAUCAAGAAGCAGAGUGCCGAGAGGCAGCUGUACAUCGCCAAGGAAGGGGCAGAAAAAAUAAAGAAGAAGAGAAACACAUUGUUUGGAACUUUCCAUGUGGCGCACAGCUCCUCACUGGAUGACGUUGAUCACAAAAUCCUCGCUGCAAAGCAGUCCCUGAGUGAGGUCACCGCCGCACUACGGGAGCGACUCCAUCGCUGGCAACAGAUUGAAAUGCUCUGCAAAUUUCAAAUCGUCAAUAAUCCCGGGAUCAGUGCCCUGCACUCAGUGUUGAACAUGGAUCCAAGCUGGCUUGGACAAAGCAGAUCCACCCCAACACAUUUCAUUCUGACUGAUGAUCUGGAUGAUAUGGAAGAGGAGCUGGUCACUCCAGUCACCCUCCAAUAUAUGGCAUGGUUAAUGGAUCACAGAGCCACUGAUCGCUCCAGGACACCCCUAGACAAUCUGUCAACAUGGAGCUCCACUGCUUCCCUCAGCGUGCACCCAUCUGUUCGCCAGCGUCAGGUUGACACCCAGCAUGCUGCUGGCUCACAGAGGGAAUUAAACCACUCCGAUUCAGAGUCUUCCAUUUCCCAGUCCAGUGAUCUGCAGCGCCUUCCCAGCUCCCCAGGGUCUCCUGGUGGCCUCCCACACAGCUCUGGAUCACGGUCUAUGAUGUCCAAGCCUUCCUCUUUGCUCAAACUGACGGAAGAGAUCACUCCAACCCAGAGCACGGCCUCGGACUUAAACACCCCUACCCCAAAUGGCAGCAGCAAGCAGGCCGACUCGCUCAGCAGCAUGUGCUCCGAGAGCAUCUCGGACAGUCCCCUGGGCACCAGGAAGUCCUACCCGAGCCGAGGCCUGGAGAAGUCGGCCAGCCUGGGUGAGAUCCAUCGGGGCACAGAAGGCUCGGCCAUCAGCCCCUCCGAGUCCUCGCGCUCUCUCAGCCCCACGUCCACCGAGCCCGACGCCCUGGCCAUCGACACGAGGAACAGCACCAAGGCCACAAAGAUCCCACAGCUGGCCUCCAAAAAGUCUCCGCUGGAGGAGGACAGCACCUCGACCGGCGAGGAGACAGAGCCCAAUCCCAGCAAGAAGAAGCCAGGAUUCAAACUCUUCAAAAAAAAGAACAAGUAAAGCAGAGCCGAUUGGGGAGACGGGGCAUACCAGCCAGAUCAGAACUGAGCCAGAGGGAUGGAGAGGCCCACCUCGAGGCAUUCUCCACUCAUGGUCAAAGUGAUUUGUUAGCAGUCUUUGUCUCCAGGGUGUGGAUUUUAUUUAAUCUUAUUUAUUUUACAGACUGGUGUUCCUAUUCCGGUGGUUGGAGCAGCGAGGACCUCCUGUUGCUAGGGGUCCUCGCGCACCCCCCCCCCCCCCCCCCCCCCCCCCCCCUAUCUAGCUGCAUGCCUUCUCUUCCAGUGCUGGUGUCGACCCUCAUGCCUGAGCUGCAUCAGGUCAGCAUGCACGCGCCAAGCUUCUGCAAACAAAACUAAAGCAAAAAAAAUCCCUCUGGGAGGUUUGAUGAAGGUUUUAAGAUGUAGAGGUGUGUAACAGACCUGCUCCAGAGGUUGGAGCUGCAGAGACUGUAAAUCUGCUGGUUUACCUGCACUUGUAGUGAGUUGCCCAGGGUCAGAGUCCUGCUAAUCCUUGGGGAGGGGAGUGGUAGGAGCAGUAUUCUGGCUUGCUCCAUUCCCAGUGGUGGGUUGUCGAUUCAAGUGUUGUCCUCUGUGAAGUCACACACACUCGCAUUUGGUUCCAGAAACGACAGAUGAAAGAAGAUCCUGUGCAGUGCUGGUUGCUGCGGGAGCCUGUUUGUUCACAGCUGCCUGGCUGAACCCAAUCCAGAUGAAGGAAGGGUCCCAUUGACCCAUUCCAGCCUUCCCCGUCAGCGGCAUGCACUGUGACUGUAUUGUCCCAUCAGAUAACCGUGCCCUCCCACCGAAUCACAGGCAGAGAAUAAAUUCUUCAUCUGAAAAAGAACGAGGCCACAAAUUCCUCUCAGCUUCACUCUUGCGUGUCACUAAUCUCACAUCCCGUUGCUGUUAACUUCUCUUCAGGGUCUCCAACAAUGUUCCGCCUCCUGUCCUUUCACAUCACUGAUUCCCCCCUAACCCUGAUUCAACAUUGUCAAUCUCCGAACCCUCACUCUUCGACUCUCCUGACUACUCUCUCACCCCCGACAGUGCCUUCAGCAACGAAUGGGCCCAUUUCAACAUCCACCUGUCCUGCCUGACCUGCUCAAUGUCACCAGCAUCUCCUGGUUUUCUUUCAGAUAUCCAGCAUCUGUAGUUGUUCUGUUUACCCUCCCUCCCCGCCUGGUCAGCCUCUCCCCGACCCUCCCUCCCCGCGCCGUCGGCCUCCCCCCGACCCUCCCUCCCCGCGCCGUCGGCCUCCCCCCGACCCUCCCUCCCCGCGCCGUCGGCCUCCCCCCGACCCUCCCUCCCCGCGCCGUCGGCCUCCCCCCGACCCUCCCUCCCCGCGCCGUCGGCCUCCCCCCGACCCUCCCUCCCCGCGCCGUCGGCC